UAGUUGGGUAUUUUCUCUAGCUGCUCGACGUAGAAACAAACAAUUAAAAGUCUUCUCUCAGUGUGAGGAAAUCCAAGUGCCCCAACUGUCCUCAUUUUCCUUUUUUUUUCGCAUCUUAAUUGUACACAUUUUCUAUUUCGUUUUCUGGUUUCCAUUUUUUCUCCCCUGUGCUGCGGCAGUUGUUGUGGAAAGUCUAUGUAGAACGGACUGAGCUCUCUACCUUGCGAUUAUUUCCUGUCCUUUUGUGUCGUCGGUCGUAUACAUUUCGUCGUCAGUAGUAACAAAGGAAUUAAUCACUACUCGGGAUUUCAACAAGAGUUUGGAUUGUUUUAUUCUUUCACUCCUUUGCACUCUACCCGUUCACGAUUUUACUGAAACUGCAAGUUUGCUGGUUUAAUUUUUAAUAAACCCACAAAAGAACAUGGCUGCCCAGCCCAGUAGUAGUGCUGUCAGGGCCCUGGCCUUGGAGUACAAAACUAUUCAAGAUGAGCCUGUUGAAGGAUUCAGAAUUAAAUUGACAAACGACGAUAUACUUUUCGAUUGGGAAGUCGCCAUUUUUGGCCCACCAGAAACUCUGUAUCAAGGAGGAUAUUUUAAGGCUCAGCUCAAGUUCCCACCUGAUUAUCCCUACUCGCCCCCCUCUAUGAGAUUUGUUACCAAAGUCUGGCACCCAAAUGUGUAUGAGAAUGGAGAUUUGUGCAUUUCAAUCCUUCACCCACCAGUGGAUGACCCUCAAAGCGGAGAGCUGCCUUGCGAGAGGUGGAAUCCUACCCAGAACGUCAGAACAAUAUUGCUCUCGGUGAUAUCUCUGUUUAACGAGCCCAACACAUCCAGCCCAGCCAACGUCGAUGCCUCGGUCAUGUAUCGCAGAUGGAAGGAUUCGAAAGGCAAAGAUGCCGAGUACGCCAAUAUCAUCAAGAAGCAGGUUGCUGGUUCCCGAGCAGAGGCGGAGAAGGACAAUGUGGUGGUCCCGAUGACCAUAGAGGAUUACUGCAUCAAGUCCAAGCCUCCAGUGACGGAAUCUUUGGACAUGAACGACUUUUACGACGACUGCUAUGAUAUUGAUGAUGAGGAUUCCGACUACGUCGAGGACGACGAGGCCGAUGGAGCUGAUGACAGCGGAAACGAGAAUGCUUAAAGUGAUUCUUAUAGCCCCACGGAUCUCCCUUCACACCACCACCUCUUAUUAUCUUUGUUUGGAAUCAACAUCCGUUCACCUCCCAUUUCUUCCACAACACCUUUUGGUACCACCUUCAUCUUUAUUUUUUCUCUCUCUCAAAUAAUGACCGAAAGUGAUUUAGUGUUUGGAAUCUUAAAAUUCAUCAGAAAAGUUUCCCAGUUCAAACAGCCGAA